AUGUCCGAACAUACGGCCGACUUCAUAUAUCCCAUUGGCAAGGCCCUCCAAUUGAAUGCCAGCCUCAGCAAUACUGCAAACAAACAGCAGACGUCACUGCAAGUGAAAGUGAAAGAGCGAAAACAGCCUUGGACACUUUCUUGCGGCAUGAUAGUUGAGAUAGAGGAUGGCUUAGAUGGAUCAGAACCGCUAGAGGGUCUACAAAAGGGCGACGAGGCGUUUCUAAAGAUGUUUGAUCGGAGAUUCGCGCACCAGCAUCGACAAGACAACGGGGUUGAUACAUGGUCCGAGGAUGUCGAAAAUGAGGUUUUGGCAAGCUUACGCUCUGGAAAGACGGAGAGCUUUCUAGACAAACUUCAUACCAUUCCACAUUUUCAAGAGGACACCGAGGAGGACUGGGACACUGCGGAAAACGAGGCUUAUCUCGCUGACGAAUUACGAAAGUGGUUCAACUCGGAAACUGCGAUAUAUUCCCGCCUUCAACAGCACCAAGGAAAGAUUAUCCCUCGCCUUUUAGCCAGUAUCACCCUCGGUGUGCCCCCACCUGAUUCGGCCCUUAAUACACAACAGCAAGAACUCUAUCAACUCAAAGGCAUCUUGCUACAAUACCUCUCGGGCUUCUCUCUAUCUUCCAUGAUACAAAACACACCCAGAUCCUCAUGGCAAGGCAUUGUCGACCAAGCAAUUCAGAUAGUUCAUGUUCUCGGUGACAACGACAUUCUCAACACCGACGUUCGCCCAGACAACUUUGUAGUUGUUCCCAAGGAUCAGGCGUACCGGGUGUUCAUGAUAGACUUUGGGCAAUGCAGACUUCGGAGAAAGGAUGAAUCUGAUGCGGAGUGGGGACGAGCGAAGUGGACUCAAGACGAAGAAGGUGCUGUGGGGGCUGUCAUGAGAACAAGGUUGAGCCAGCUUCAGUACGAACCGUCUUGGAGGUAUCUGCCCUGGGCUCCUGGUGAGAAUGACUGA